AUGACGUCGACAAUCGGUAUCCCCAUCAAGCUUCUUAACGAAGCGCAAGGUCAUAUCGUGACCUUGGAGAUUACCUCUGGCCAGACGUAUCGCGGCAAGCUACUUGAAGCCGAGGAUAACAUGAACGUACAGCUCAAGGACAUCACAGUCACAGCGCGCGACGGACGAGUAAGCCACUUGGAUCAGGUGUAUAUCCGCGGCAGCCACGUGCGAUUCUUUAUCGUGCCCGAUAUGUUAAAGAAUGCCCCUAUGUUCCGAAGUCGCAACGCGAGAGGUCGUGGUGUCGGUCUAGCCAGAGGACGAGCGACAGUUAGCAGGGCGAGAGCAAGCGGACGCGGAGGACGAUGA